AUGCUGGAAAAGGCUAAGCCGAAGAAACCCCUAAGAAGUGGUAAUACAAAGAGAAGCCAAGACGCAGGGGAUGGAAGAGAGAGCAAAAGGAAGAAAACUGGAGAUGGGACCGAGGCAGAAGGAGGUGGUGGAACAAAGCGUCUUGAUGCACUCAGUGUUGGUUAUUACCGACGAGUUGGGGAGAGAUUAAACGAAGAAUUUGAAGAUGCUGAGGAGAGAGAAAUGUUUGUGGAAAAUGUCUUGAGCGAAGUCAAAGAUAAAGCAAAAAUGGUGGCAAUGGAUCGCACUGGAAGCAUCACGCUGCAGCGCCUGCUCCCGCUGUCCAGUCCUAAACAGGUGGCAAAAAUAAUGGCUGAGCUGGGUGGAGAAUCAGGUUCAGACUUUAAGACAGUCUCAUGUGACCGUUGUGGUGGUCAUGUAAUUGAGAGCGCAGUCCGACAGGUGUCAAGGUUAACAGAUAAUGAAGAAGAUCUGAGUGGUGAAGUCCUGGAGGUUCAGAUAUUGUCAUUAAGUCAAGUGGUGAGAGACAGCUGUGCAGAGUUCAUCAAACAUAUCCAUGGCUCUCACGUCGUCCGCACACUUUUGCAUGUGCUGGCAGGCUGUGUGGGACCUCCCCGCACUGAGUCACGUCCAGGUGCUAAAGACCGCAAUGCUUCUCCUCAGUUGACUGACUUUGAGAUACCUACUACUUUUUGGUAUGAGCUGAAAAGCCUUACAGAGUCUUUGAUGGACAGUGUAAAAUUAAGCAUAACAGACUCUGUUGCCAGUGCAGUCUUCCAGACCAUGUUGACUGUGUGUCACAGGAAACGACCCAAACUUUGCAAACAGCUCAUUAAGCGUAUCAUGGAAUAUUUGACAAGCUGUCCAGCAGCCCCAGGAAUCAGUCCACUUCUGGUCUUCCUGAAGGACCAGGCGUCCAGUCACCUAAUUGAGACCAUCAUCCAGCUGUCCACAAAAUGUCUUCUCCGAGACCUUUACAAGAUCCACCUCAAGGGUCAUCUGGUUGACCUUGCGCUCCAUCCGAUCGCUAACUUUCCUGUACAGAGACUGACGGCAGCUUUGGUCAAAACCAAACUGUUUCCGAAGUUAUUCGAUGAGUUGGUUGAAGGCGUCGAGGCCAUUUUGGCUGCUGGUCACAUGGGUGUGAUUGUGCAAUUGGCAGAAAGCUGUGCAGAAAGUGAAGAAAGGCAAGGAGAAUUGAUGCAAUGUCUACUUAAUGCUUUCCAUUGUGCAGAGCCUGGCUCUCGACAUGUCCAUUGCCUCCCUCUCUUUAUGUCACUCCUUACAUAUGAUGUGUACUACGGCUCUGACAAAGCUGAGGGCAGUGUGCAGACAGAGGUCCCUUUGACCUCCAUCUGUUACCAUGGCUCACGGCUGGUGCAGGCACUAGCCAGGUUCGAGGAGCGCUCCAUCCUCCUCAGCAGUCUACGCACGUUAACCCCAGAGGACCUCUUGAUUCUGGCGUCUGAUCCCUCUGGAAGCCAUGUGCUUCAGGCUCUCAUCACCACAUCCAGCGACAAGGGAAGGGGCAAGAUCCUCAAAAGGUUGGAGGGUCAGUAUGUUCGAAUGGCAUGCUCGAGGUUGGGCAGUAGAGUGCUGGAGGCCAUAUGGAGCAGUGCAUCGGUCAGUCAGAGGCAAAGCAUCGCGCAGGAACUUGUUCCAAGUGAAAACCAGCUGAGGUCUGACCAAUUUGCCCGUCACGUGUGGGCCAAAUUCGCGCUCUCUCAUUUUAUCAACCGACGAGCUCAGUGGCAGGAAAUUCAGACCGGCGAGUUUAAGAAACGCAAGCUUUUCAGUGAUAUCCUUGAUUGA